AUGUUCAACAAAGAAGUACAAUGUCUAAUAAAGCCUGUAAAUCCUUUUCUUUUCAAAACAGUAUUUAAAAUUGGACAAGUAGACCUUUCUACACAUUCUAGUGAAUGUUCUGGAUUCACGCCAAAAACUUCAGAAAAAAUUGAUUUCGAUAAAUCUCCUGCUAUAAAGAUUUCAAUCUUUCUUACUUCUAUAAUUGUAAAUAUUGCUUCAUCUACAAAUUUGUGGCUUCAUUAUAUCUUAAGUUUACUAAGUUGUAAACCCAAAAUGAUAUCUUCUUUAUAUGCAAUUCUUUAUUCAGCGGGUGUUAUUUCUCAUAGUCAACGUUAUGAACGUCAAUUAGAAAAAAUUCAGUUAAAUGAAUCAAAACCUGAGGAUAGGUUAAUUAGAGAGAAAAACAUAUAG